GUUUCCGUUAGCUGCGGGCAGAAGAUGUUCACGGUUUGUGCUUUAUAGAAGGAAAAGUCGUUGGAAGUACGGAGGGAGAGACGGUUAAAAAAAAAAAAGGCGAAGCAUAAAAAUAAAUAAGUACUGAAGUGGGAGAAAGACGGGAAAUAAUGACUCAGAUGUUGUAGGGUUUUUAUUAUUAUUAUUAUUAUUAAAAUGGCCAUUAGGGAGCUGAAAGUGUGUCUUCUGGGGGACACAGGAGUGGGGAAAUCAAGUAUUGUUUGCAGAUUUGUCCAGGAUCAUUUUGAUCACAACAUAAGCCCAACUAUUGGCGCAUCGUUUUUAACCAAGACUGUCUCCUGCGGCAACGAGCUUCACAAGUUCCUGAUCUGGGACACGGCGGGGCAGGAGAGGUUUCACUCUCUGGCCCCAAUGUACUACAGAGGGUCUGCUGCUGCUGUCAUUGUGUAUGAUAUCACCAAGCUGGACUCCUUCCAGACCUUGAAAAAGUGGGUGAAGGAGCUAAAGGAGCAUGGUCCAGAGGAUAUUGUGGUGGCAAUUGCAGGAAAUAAGAAUGACCUGGGUGACAUACGGGAAGUUCCCACAAAAGACGCCAAGGAAUUUGCAGAGUCAAUCGCAGCCAUAUUCAUUGAAACCAGCGCUAGAAAUGCCGUCAAUGUUGAGGAACUCUUUCAAAGUAUAAGUCGGCAGAUCCCCCCUCUGGAGAACACAGACGUGGACAGCAACGAGUCAUUCAAAAUCACACGCCAGCCGCCUCCAUCAUCUAGACGCUGCUGUUAGAGGAGUGAGAAAUUUGGCUUGCUCUCUUCCUCAUAGCUGGAUAUUAAUUUAGCUUUAUAACCACCGUAACCUGUAACCUAAAGCUAGCCUGACUUUAGUGCUGAAGUUCAAAAGAGUUUAGAUUCAGCCGUUUUAAGCAAACAGCAGUUUAACGAGUUUACAAAAGGACGCAAGGCGAAUUCAACAUGUUCACUGUGAAGCAAUGGAACAGGGUUAGCUGGCUAACUCUGUAAGAUUAACUUCAUAAGGUGACGAGCCAACAAGGCAAACCUUAAAGCCUGACUGUGCUGUUUUAAAGUACUAACCGUCUUUGUUUAAUACCGAUCCAGUAUCAGUUUGAUAUUUUUUAAAAACGGCUCAGACUGUUUACAUGUACCUUCUAUAAUCAGGUCUUUUACCAACUCCCUCAACUGACAGCUAUAAUAUCCACAAUACAUAACAUAUAAUCACAGCAUGUCUUGUCGAUUUAAAGGCAGAUUCUCAUUGCUCAUCAGAGCAAAACGCAUCACAAAGAACUCACACAAAUCUCUCGAGCACAGAGAACGCAUAGCCGAGGCUUAAUAAAUAAUUUGAUAAUUAUAUAUUAAUAACUUAAUUGUUUGUUUGUUGCAGCUAGCAUUUCUGUUAAUCGGGUCAAAUCUUUUUUUCACACCGCAGGAGAAAACACCAGAACUGAAACGGACUAAACACUGCCCCAGUGAAAGCAAGAUAAGAGGUCAAAUUUAAAUAGAAACCAAAUGAUUGAAUUAAAUAUGAACCGGAUGGAAAGUAACCACUACUCAGUCUUAGAUAGAAGCUUAAGGAAUAAUAGACUGUUAGGAGUGCUUACUGUACAUCUUUUGAGUUUUGUAAAAUUCCUGCACGUUAAAUUUGAGAUUUACAAUUUUAAGAUUCCUCUCUGAUUUCAGCCUGUGAGCUAAUGUAAUUUUAACAGGAGACUUUCCAAGUAGAAUGAUGCCCAUUCGUGUUUUAUAAUCUCUCCUCAUUGUCCUCAUCGUUAUAUGGCUCUUUUAACGCCAUCUUGAGCUUGAACACGUAGCCUAAAUGUCCUAAAAUACAUGUAGGAUAUGUAAAAAUUGUAAGAAGUGCGUGUGUUCUUCAAGUGUGCGUUAAAUAGCUGAAAACCUGUUGUGCAAUUUGACACCAAUUUAUGUUUUUUUUUUUUAAUAAAUGCUGCCGAUUAUUUGUACAGAAUCCUCAGUUAUGUAAAAUACUUGGAAUUAUUACUAAUCCAUGAAGUGUCUUAAAUGUGUGAGAUGAAGAUGCUGACACUUGUAGUAAUUCGCACUGGUCUGUUGAAUGGGCAUGUCCAAGUGUCUGAAGUAUUUACAAAUGUAGCUGUAAAAAGUUGAACGUCUAAUAUGUUGGAUUUUACAGUCGGACAUCAAGAACUGGUGAAAGUGAAACUGUAAACUAAUCAUUUAUAGGUUGAUCAAUCAUCUAAAAUUGUGUAAUAUUAUAAAAAUAUUAUGUAAUGUUACAGUCAAGUGCAGAUGUUUGCACCCUCAUCGUUUUGUGCAUUGGGGAAAAGUAUAUAUUAAAAUCAUCUAAAACUACAGAAUAAAUUCAAGCAGAUGCCACCUCAUAGCCGCCGGGUCUCCGUUCAGUCCUGGGCUCUGGUUUCUCACUGCGCUGAGUUUCAUAUGUUCUUCCCCUAUGUCCGGCUUCUCUGGUUUCCUUCAGGCUCGAGAGGAGACACAUGAGAGUAGACAGAUAAGAUAUGCUAAUUUGCCACUAAGUGUGAAUGUGUUUGUUAUUAUAUGUAGCACUGGUAAUAUUCAUUCAUCCAAGUGACUCAAAUCUUUAGAUUCCAUUCACUGAAAAGAUUCGCUCACCGAUUCUUCCUGUAUGUUCAUGUUUUACACAGAUGGGAUUUAAGUGAAUAAAACCUGUACAUGGAAUUGAUUAAGAGCUAGUCGUUCACUUAAAAGAUUAGGAACGAAACACUUUACAUCCACAUCCAACAUUCUUCAGAAAAAGAUUCAAAAUAAUGAAAUUUGUCAAAGUUUUGCCAAGAUCCAAAAUUUCCAAGGUGGUAUAAAUAAAAAUAACACUGAUGCAUUUUGAUAAUUGAGUUAAAACAUCCUAAAAACACUCAUCAUGCACUUAGGAAGUUGAUUAUAAAAAAUGGCUCAUGUUCAUUAUGUCCUAUGUGGGUGUAAACAUUUGCACGUGGCUAUAAAUGUGGUAAUUGGAGCCAAAAGCACUUUGUCUAGUUAAAGAUGGGUGAACAGCCACCAGGGGGCAGUGCGAGUUAACGUCCUAUAACAAAAUACUUCAUGCUGGGUCUCUCUCUCUCUCUCUCUCUCUCUCUCUCUCUCUCUCUCUCUCUCUCUCUCUCUCUCUCUCUCUCUCUCUCUCUCUCUCUCUCUCUCUCUCUCUCUCUGUGUGUGUCCAUGGAUGAUCCCCCUGGAUAAUGUCUGCUGCGAAAUUAUAUUGUUUCCCUCGGUUGUGUUGUUGCUUUUUUAUAACAAACGUACCUCUUUUUACAGCCUCUUCUCCAGAUUUUCUUAACAAAGUAUGUUGAAAUAUUCAAUAAUUUUCAGCUUGCAAACAUUCAGAGGAAUCAUAAUGAUAUCAAAGUCUCAGUGCAAACCGAAGUCAGUUUCAGUUGCAACAGCAGGUUCACAAAGGAUGUGAAAACUACAUCUGAAAUAGUUACAGUGUUGGAUGGUGUUAUUUAUACAGAGAAACCCAGAGGAAAACCUUUUAACAUCAGAAAUCAGUCUUCUCAAUCUCUUAUCUGCUACAACAGAAUGACUAAGGAAAAUAAAAGUCUUUGUUUUACAUAUGCCUAUGCAUUCAUUACCAAUACUGCCUAUACUAGUGAUAAGCAACAAUGUCCUUAUUAUGUACAUAAAUUAUUUACAUCUGAAUGCUGAUCAGAGUAAAUAUUACAUUUUGUAAUAAGCUGUUUGUUAAUAAAUAUGCACAUUACCUUUA